GAUUUCGACGGAUUCACCCUCUGUCUAGCAGUUGAACCGCCUUACUUCAAGCACCUUCUUCUUGGUGACAGGGACUGGUCAUAUACCGCCAUCAUAGGUCGCCGCCGCAAACCCCGACACCAGCACGCCCGACCCCGAACAGGUCGCCGGCCACGCACCAUGGGCAACGAAUCUUCGACCCUGAUAGAUGAGAAAACCCCCCCGUCGGUGCUGGAGGCCCGUACCAUCGAGGCGAUUGCCAAAUAUGUCAAGCAAAAACCGGUGAAGCGCGUGGUGGUGAUGGUCGGAGCUGGCAUUAGUACUUCGGCCGGAAUUCCCGAUUUCCGGUCGCCAGAUACCGGCAUCUACUCGAAUCUCGCCCAUUUGGACCUGCCCGAUCCCGAAGCCGUCUUCGACAUCAGUUUCUUCCGUCAGAAUCCCCGCCCAUUCUACGCUCUGGCCCGGGAAUUGGCCCCGGGUCAGUUCCGACCCACCAUUGCACACUCGUUCAUCAAGCUGCUCUACGACAAGGGAAUGCUAUUGAAGCAUUUCUCACAGAACAUUGACUGUCUGGAGCGGCUGGCUGGGGUACCGGGUGAUAAGAUCGUCGAGGCCCAUGGAAGCUUCGCGACACAGCAUUGCAUCGACUGCAAGGCGGAAUACCCCGAGGACUUGAUGAAAAAGGCUAUCACUAAGGGAAAGGUCCCGUACUGUACUCAGUGCAAGGGGCUGGUGAAGCCCGACAUUGUCUUCUUCGGAGAGUCGCUGCCGGCUGACUUUUUCGACAACCGGGACCUUCCCGAGCAGGCGGACUUGUGCAUUGUUAUGGGAACCAGUCUACAAGUGCAGCCGUUUGCCAGUCUGCCCGCAUUCGUUAGUGAUGGAGUACCCCGCGUGCUGAUCAACAUGGAGCGAGUGGGCGGGCUGGGAUCCCGCCCGGACGAUGUCCUGGUGCUGGGUGAUUGCGACACUGGGGUGAGGCGAUUGGCACGGGCGCUGGGCUGGGGGGAGGAGUUAGAGGAGCUGUGGGAGAGGACGAACCCGGACCCGGCCGUACGGGCGGCGGAGAAUGCAUCCCCACAAACCCGGGAGGAGCGGCUGCAAGAUGAAGUGGACCGGCUCACGGAGGAGGUUGAUCGCACGCUGGGAAUCUCGCAGGCGUACCAGCAGCGAGUGCGGCAGCAUCUGGAGCGACAGUCGGGCACGCACGCGGAUGCAGCGGGUAGGAAGGAGAAGCAAGCCGAGGAGGAGAACGACCGGAUUGGGGGAUUGGCUCAUGUCUUCCCGCAUCUGGCGCGAAUGCAGGAAGGGAGGUGAAGAGAAAAAGUAAGAGCGAUCACAUGGACGAGAUGAGGAUGGAAUGGAUGGGAAAGGUCCGGGCGAGAUGGCGUUGGGUGG